CAAAACACAUUAACACACACUCCAUUUCUCUCCUUUUUUUUUUCUCUCUCCUCCAAAAUCUCCAUACCAUUAUUCUUCAAAGAAUUACUCGUAUUUAUUAUACAUAAGAAAUAUUAUUUAUAAUUUAUAAAAAGGGCUAUUUUUUAGCCUAUGAAAGAAAGAAGAUUUGGUCCGAAGAAAUUAUUAAGAUACUAUGAUGCAGCACAGUCCAUUGUAUUCCCCUGUACCUCAUCACUCGGAUGGAUCACGACCGUCCCUUGGAUUUCCUCUUGGUACAGCUUUACUGUUACUUGUGAUCUUCAGUUUAAGUGGUAUUUUCUCUUGUUGUUAUCAUUGGGACAAAUUUCGUUCUCUUCGUCGAUCUUAUAAUCAUGAUCUUGAUAUUGAAGCUGCUAAUCAUCAUUCUGAUCCUGCUAAACCCAAGUCUAAUUACUUCAAGCAAGAGCAAAUGGGAAGCCUACCAGUGAUAAUGCCAGGAGAUAAGAUAGCAAAAUUCAUAGCAUUACCAUGCCCAUGUGAGCCACCUCGGCCAGAAAAGCAAGCUCCAAUUCCAACUACUGAAAAAACUCCUAAACCUCCACGUUUCCCUGUUCCUUUGUAUUAACUUCAUCAUUAGAGUAUUAAUUAUUACUAGUACUAGUGAAAUUUUUUUAGCUAAAAGUUUCCUACACAAAAGUUGACAAAAAAGAUUUGGGUUAGAAAAUCUGUUAUAUCAUAUAGUAGAGAACUUUUGUACAUAGUACUUUAGACAUUAAUUAUUUUGUUAAUUUAUCAUAUCAAUGAUGGUUCUUUUA